AUGAGGAAGUUCUUAAUUACCACAUUUUGUGUAAACUACUCUUUCUUUCCUCAGAAUAAAAGCUUGAAAAACAAACUGUUGUCAGGAAGUAAGCUGUGUGGGAUUCAUGCAGAAGAGUCGAAAAAAAUCCAAGCCCAACUGAAAGAGCUCCGUUAUGGGAAGAAAGAUUUAUUAUUUAAGGCCCAACAGCUCACCGAAUUGGAACAAAAGUUAGCUGUAGCCAAAACCGAACUUGAGAAAGCAGCUCUUGACAGGGAAUCACAGAUGAAAGCCAUGAAAGAGACUGUCCAGCUCUGCUUGACAUCAGUUUUCCGUGAUCAGCCUCCUCCUUUGAGUCUCAGCCCAUCAAAUCCAACACAGAUGUUGCAUCCACCCAGGACAAUUACUUCCAAGUUUCCAGAUUCGAGGACAAAAAUCAAGGUACAUUUUAUCCAUGUGUGUCAGCAGUGA